AAGAUAUCUCCCAUGUCGUCAAAGGACGUGGUGGGGGCAACGAAGGACCUGCUGAAGCUGCCGCCAGAAGAGUUCCUCCAUCGGACGAAAGCCACCAAUGUCAUGCAAGACGCUGUCAACUUGGUGCUGGAGUACCGACCUGAACAGCCUUUGACGUUUCUGGCGAAAUACUUUCAGAUGAUGUGUGGCGAUUUGAGCCCGGUCGAGAUUAGUGCCUUCUACAUUCAGUCGUGUGGGACUGUCUCGAACUCGUCGUUUGAGGACACGCUGGUGUUGGCGUACCAUGCAUUGAAGAAACACAGUGAUGCCACAGGAGUUGAGCUCCAGGCAUUUCAACAGCUCCUCCAUCUUCUCUGCGAAGACAUUCCGUGCGCUCCGAAUGCCAAGCUCGUGCAGUACUUGGCGCCUGCGGAUGCAUCGCCCUCGGUGUCGUACGCCAAGUUCAAACACGCAAUUGACGUGUGCCUCUUGUACGGCGAGGUCAUUUCAGAAGGAGAAGACCUGUUUCAGUCGAUUGACGCCGCCAAUGCGGGUGAAAUCAAGACCUCUGUGCUGAUCUCUGCGCUGGAAAUCGCGGGGGCGAGCAAGACCACGACUACAAUCGUCCAGCUCGUCGGCCACGUGCGCGCAGUGCUCGAACGCGUCACAUCCAACGACGCAAACGCGUCCAUUUCCCUCGGCAUGUUUUUAGCAACUGUCGCGCAGGUUGUGUUGCCCAUUGCCUUUUGUUAACAUCAUGUCGUGGCUUCCAACCACAGCAGCAGUAGCUGCUGCAAACCCAUCCAGUCGCAUCGGCAAACACGGAGUGCAUCUCAACGUCGUAGUCGCGGCUCUGUCGCCAGAGUCUGCUUUGAACGAACCAAUUCUACUAUUCUUUUAAACCA